AAUUAUCAUCAAAAGAAGCAAAAAGCAAUUGGAAAAUAACUUUGCCAAAUGUGACUGAAUUGUAAUUUAAUAAUCCUCGCAAAACAGAAAACGACAACCUGGUACACCGAAAAACCCGCCUCCCGGUUUUUGGCGGCAUCUAAUCGGCAACCAACGCCCACCAAAAACAAAACGACGAUGUCGAAACAGGGCUUACGAGACUCGUCCGUACCGUAUAUCCCUCUCCCUCAAAACCCUAACCACCAAAACGUCAUCGUUUCACUCGUCUAUUACCACCGUCCCUAUCAAACCAACCAUUAUCUCCGCCGUGGCGUCAUUUUCGCUGGCGUCCUCCUCCUCCUCUCCGCCACCAUACUCUUCUUCUACCCAUCCGAUCCCAUUCUCAAACUCGCUCGAAUUCGACUCAACCACGUCGGAGUCAUCUCGUCGCCCAAACUCACCAUCGACCUUUCGUUUUCGUUGACUAUCUCGGUCCGUAACAGGGAUUUCUUUUCAUUGGAUUAUGAAAAGCUUGUCGUUUCGGUUGGGUAUAGGGGGAAGGAGCUUGGGGUGGUGAAUUCGGAAGGUGGGCGCGUGAGAGCUAGAGGGAGAUCGUACGUGAACGCCACGCUCGAUUUGAAUGGGUUUGAGGUUGUUCAUGAUGUGAUUUAUUUGAUUGAGGAUUGGGCUAAAGGGGUUAUUCCCUUUGAUACUACCACUAAAGUUAAUGGUGUUCUUGGUCUUUGCUUCCUUAAAAUUCCCCUAAAGGCAAAAGUAGCAUGCGAGGUGUCUGUAAAUACCAGAAACCAAACGAUCGUUCGUCAAGACUGCCAUGCUCAGUAAUUGGUGAACAUUGAUCCCUUAUUUGAUUUUUGGUCAAUUGAUGUACUAAAAGCUGCAGCAAUUUGAUUCCUCUUUGGUUAUACCGUACGUGUUAAUGUAAGUGAUCAUACUUCAGCUAGUUGGUGUAUAUGAACCCAUAAAUGGAUAAAAAAUAUAUCCAACUAAGAUAUUUUUUCCCCUCUUGUAACUUACCCUGAAACUGUAUGCUCAUUGGGAUUAAAAUUCUCAUGAUGAUGAGGUGUAGAGGGUGUCCAUUAGUUGAAUAAGCUCAAAAUGCCAUUGUAAUUAGAAGUAUCAUGGGUUUAGCUGGGUCGGGCUGACUCGAGGUUGAAAAAUGUAUGCCCCCAAAGUUGAGUGGCCUAUGAAGGCCUCUAUUGUAAUGCCAAAAUAGAAAUGAAAUAAUCGGUUGGUCAAAA